AUGCGGGAUGAUUUGUACGCACAAAUACACGAGUCACGGUCCGGUUUUAAUAUUUCCGAGCAAAUGAGAACAGCAGCGGUGGCGGAAUAUAUGUUGCGAGCGCACUGGCUGUUUUUACCGCACUGCAUCAGGCUCAGCAGCAUCCUGUGGACUAAAAGGCAGGGGGGUGCUUCUGUGGCGCAGCAAAAACACGGCGCCUCGUUUCAAAACAACGCUCCAGUCUGUGACAUGACUGCAAUCCGCAUCCUGGUCCUUUUCCUGUCCUGCACAUUGUUUGUGCGCCAGUGCGAUGGGGCGUGUGCAGAGGUGGACUCGGACACGGAGGCGGUAGUGGGCAAGGGCUUCAAACUGGGCUGCAUCUCCUGCAAGAUGAGGAGCGAAGUCAAAGCCACGGCCACGGUUGAAUGGUACUUCAAGGCCAAAGGGGAGGUCGACUUUGUGCCGAUCUACACCUACAAUGGAAUGGGCCCCAAUAUUGAAAGUGAACUUUUCAUGGACCGCCUGGACUGGAACGGGAGCAAGAGGAGCAACGACAUCCAAGACGCGUCCAUAUACAUUCUCAACGUCACCUUCAACGACUCGGGCACAUACCGGUGCUUCUUCAAUCGCAUCCUCACCUACGACAACUACGAGAACACCACCAUUAUCAGCAAAGUGGUCCACCUCAACGUGCUGCCGAAAGCCACCAGAGGUACAGCUUCCAUCGUGUCCGAAGUCAUGAUGUACGUGUCCAUCAUCGGCCUGCAGGUGUGGCUCCUCAUCGAGAUGAUAUACUGCUACAGGAAAAUAGCAGCGGCCGGGGAGGAAGCGUUACGAGAAGCUGCGAACGCCGAAUAUUUAGCCAUUGCCUCGGAAAGUAAAGAUAACUGUGCAGAUGUGCAGGUUGGAGAAUAGCGAAGGUUUCCCUUUUCGGACCGAACGCAUCCGCCCUACACGCCCCGCUAACUGCAUGAAAACAACUCGGGGAGGGGAACAGACUGCAUCCUCAUCUCAAGUGCGUUGUGCAUUAAUUAGCCACAUUGUUGAAAGCAAGCACUGUAUUCACGGUAAAGUAUUAUGUUGACAUCCUGUAAAUGUACACGACGUGCACAACACUGCCUGUGGGAUUGUUGAGAAAGCUUUUGACUAACUCCCCACCUCCUAAUGUAUGAUUUAAAAAAACAACACCAAACAUGUACGUUAUUUAUAUAAUAGAAUG